GUUAAAAGUUUUUAGGUCGAUUUACUGCUUGUGGCGGAGUUGUUUACAUCGCUACGCUCAGCUUGCAUAUUUAUAUUCUCUCUCUCUCUCUCUCUCUCUCUUUCUCUCGCACGCGUUAUGUAUUUGCACGCACAUUGUUAUUCUCUACUUUCCCGCAUUUGUCGAGUUGGAAUCGCCGUGACUUUGUUCUUGGUGUGUUUAUUGUGUUUUUAUUAUUCGCACGGCGGCACUUGUACGCGACAGAUUGUUUCGUACUCUUGGCGUGUUAUUUUCUUCUAUGAUACGAUCCUUCCCGUGUCUUUGAUACUACUUCUCGUUUUCGAUCCUCUUUUCCGUCGUUAUCUAUUGCGAACAGUGUCGAACGUGUAUUCCGUGCGCAUAUUCGAGUUACAUCUUUGUCCUAAAAUAACAAAUUACGUCGGAAUGCCGUUUCAAAUGUCGGAUUUUCAUGUUCGCGUCGGAGUGCUUUGAAGGAUUGAAAGAAGGAAGAGGCUCAGGAGAAGCAUCGGACGGCUGUGGAGCAACUUCGAGAUCAACUUUGCAGACCAACAGAGCAACAACCCCGCUGCUGCGCAUCGUGCCGUCAAGAUGGAUAUGGAAUCCCUGUACGACUACGGGGAGGAGGAGCAGGACUUUUACGAAGAAAGCCCUGGAACCAGAAAAGGCGGCUAUCCCAUUGAUCAUAGAUCCAUAAAGCGUGACACGCGAAGCAUGGGCAGCUUUCUGGCAGCCAACAGCAUUAUCGAUGGCAACGGUAUGCUGACGGUGAUGGCGAAGUUGAUGAAACAAGAGCUGCCCUCCGACGCCGAAGAAGAGGGCUUGGUGCCGGCGCUCCCCGGCAGAAUCACCUCGAUGCAGAAGGUGCCCUCCCUCUCGGACCUUUCUGAUCCGGAAAGCUCCUUAGAUAUACCGGCGCAAGUGCCGCCGUUAACACCUGGGACCAACAAGAAGAUGACCGAGGCUCUGGAGGCCUCCUUCGCGUCUUGGGAAAAGGAACGAGUCCGCCUGAACAUAACUAAAGACCCGAGGCAAUGGUCGGAAGCAGCUGUCGCCCACUGGCUGCACUGGGCCAUCGGGGAGUUUUCUCUGGAGGGUGUGGCGAUGCAGCCGUGGCAGCACAUGACCGGGAAACAGAUUUGUGCCAUGGGGAAGGAAUCCUUUCUAGCACGUGCCCCCGCUUUCAUGGGCGACAUUUUGUGGGAGCAUCUCGAGCUUUUGCAGAAAGAUGUCGACGCAGCGAAGGCCUCUCUGGAGAACGUGCCGGCGAACUUGUAUGAAAGCGUAUGCGUGCCAGAUUUAGGUGAUUUUUUGGGAUACCAGAGUGGUGGCGGUGGCGGCGGCGGCGGCGGCGGUGGCGGCGGAGGCGGCCAUCAGGUGGCAACGCCAGAGCAUAAAAACCCGUCGACGCCCGCCAGCUCUACAACCUCCAACUCCUCCGGUCCUCCUCAGAGCGGUACGCAACAACAACCCCCGAUACAACCCUCUUCGGGCGCGGUGUCCCUGCCAUCGAGACAGUAUCAUAACGAUGGUGGUUACAAUCAUCUUCGCAGUCCCGUGUGCCAAGACGAAAGUCAAAGAGACGAAACGUCGCCACCACCUCACAGCCAUAGCACCCAACCACCAACCUCUCACUCUAGUACUCCUAACAGUAAUAACAACAAUAAUAACAACAACAAUGCAAAUAACGCAUACAUCCAUCUACGGAAUUUAAAUCAGCUCAAAACGGAAUCGAACUACAGCAAUCAUCACAUAGCGGAGCAUCUCCAAGGUGGAGGUGGCGGCCUGGGCAGCGGAAGCGAUCUCGCCGGUACAGGAAGUAACGAGAGCGACUUGAGGGUCAACGCGAACGCCACGGAAAGUUACAUGACGCCGGCGCAUUAUUCGGGAUACGACGAGGCCUCCGAGUAUCACAGCCUGCCGCAGGAUCACCAGCCACCGCAUCAAUACAAUUUGGACAGCUCGCCGGAGUUUUACGCCAGCGGGAUCCAUCUUGAGCCCAAAUAUCAGCCGUCGCCGUUCAAGAAUUACACUCGAGGACGCUACCACGAGAGUUACAGCGAGAGCGGCGGGUACGGUCAGUACGAUGCAACGUCGUUCCAGACGGUUCCCGGAAGCGGGAGCGGUGCUGGAGGCGGCGGCGUCGGCGGUGAUCAAUGGAGCGUCGGACUUGGAGACCAUCUGCCCCACCAUUCAUUUCUCGCGGGACUCGGACCGCGCGACUCCUCCAACCCUCAUCAUCCCACAUCUAUCGCCAAUAAUGCGGACCAAAAGCCCCUACUGCAGAGCCCCAUGCUCGCCGGUUAUGCAGGUGGCGGACCAUGUUUCACUGGAUCAGGUCCGAUUCAGCUGUGGCAAUUUUUACUGGAACUCCUAACUGACAAAUCAUGUCAGGGGUUCAUCUCGUGGACCGGCGACGGUUGGGAAUUCAAAUUAACCGAUCCGGACGAGGUGGCGCGCCGCUGGGGCAUUCGCAAGAACAAACCCAAAAUGAAUUAUGAGAAGCUAAGCCGAGGCUUACGCUACUACUAUGACAAGAAUAUUAUUCACAAAACUGCUGGCAAGCGAUAUGUCUAUCGCUUCGUAUGCGACUUACAAAAUCUACUAGGAUACAGUCCUGAAGAAUUACACGCAAUGGUAGACUUGAAGCCCGAGAAGAAGGAAGAAGACUGAGUUUCUGUUAAUGAACAUGCGUUAGGACUGUAUCACAUUGAUAAAUAAAAUGUAAUAAUACAAAAUCUUUGCAUUGAAUGUGCAAAAAGAAAGGAAAAUAGCAAGAUAAAGUAAACUUAUCAUAUAAAAUCAUUACGAAAUAAAUAACUAUAUUCAGAUACAGAAGACUGUGAUAAUGCGUCUUCUUUGUUCAGAUAUAAACAAAAAAAAUCGAAUCGGUCGUAUGUACCAAAGACAGGGUCUGCAUACCAUUGGUGCCUAAAGUAAAGUUAAAUAAAUUGUGAAUUUGUUUCUAAGUGAUUGAUUUGUCACAGCAGAUUUUAGAGGAUAUUUAUAGGAAUAACUCGUCGAUUUAUACAUAUAUAUAUUUUUAAUGUUACAUGAUUUUUCAACGCUACUAGCGUCAAAAUACUUGGUGAUGCCGCUAAAUUAUUUAUGUCUCAUCAUUUUAACAUGUGUGUUAUAUCUCGUUGAUAUGAUUGAUAGAUGACUCGAUAUGUGAUUGUUAUUAUACCAUAAUUUUACUACAAAAUAAACUAUACAAUAUUACGUGGCGAGCUUCUCCAAUUCGAUAUUUUCAUGCUUUUUUUUCUAUGUAGAAUAAUUUAGAUUGUACAACUAUACUGAGAGAAAAGAAUAAUUGCAGUAAUCAUAAUCUAUCUAAUGAUAAUGUUUUUUUAUAUUAAUGUUUUUAUUAUAUUUUUAUAGAUACUCCAACUGUACGGUUGGUUACAUGAUAUUGGCAGUACGCGUAUAAGAUUAUUGUUGCUAACAUGUAAGUAACAAUUCCUAUAAAAAUGAGUAUUCAAUUGUAGUUCCAAAUAUCACAUACUUUUCUCUCAGUGUAUACUUUUCUUCCAAGCUCGCUCCUCUAAAAGAACACGUAUUUUAUAUUAUUUCUUAAUUAUUAAAUUUACCUGGUAUGUGCUCGCGGUAUAUAUUACAUAUAUUUAAUAUCUUCAAUCGCAAUAAAAAUUGUUACGAAUAUAUUCGAUCGUGAGUUGAAAAAAGCUGAUGAAAAGAGUAUGCUGUUAAUUUAUAUAGGUUUUCACAAAAACAACGUUUGAAAGUGGCUUUUAUUUGCUAAGAUACUCUAAUGGAGAGAUUGUACAUUUAAUGACUUUGAACACAUCGCAGAUGAGUAUUUACGAAGAAAAAGUAAAGGGCCAUGUGCAACCAGUGUUCCAUAACAUUUGUAAAUCAGAAAAAAUCUCACUUUCAUUAUUUGUCUUGAAAUUAUUCAUACAUAUCGAAGAAUAGAAAUGAUUAAAAUUAUUGCUUAUGACGACAAAUUGUAGCAAUUGUAAAUGAUGUAUUGAAGAUAUUGUUGCAACCGCGGAGAUAACUCGCGAAUGCGCACGCGUGAAAUAAGAACACUAAUUUUAUCAAGCAAUUUAAAUCGGCUCUUUAAAUCGGCAAGCGUUCUCACGGUGCCGAGAACCAAGCGCGACUCUGUCAAUUUGUUGACUCCGUAACUUACAAAUUUAUUAUUUUUAAACAUAUCCGAGAUAUAAAAGACUCGUCACAUUAUAAAUUGAACACUUGGUUCUUUCCUUUCUUCGGCUUAUGGAACAUUGGGUACUGCAAUUGUAUCAAAUUUCUAGCGAUAUAUAUGUAUAACUAUUUUGCAUAAUUUGCUAUAAUGUGUAAAUGACCGAUGUUUUUAUCAGAGAAAAUGUUACAUGAAUGUAAAUGAUGCGCAGGUAUAUUAAUGGCAUAAAAAUUGACGAAUCGAAGUACGAGCAUAUACUUCGUGUUUUCCACGUGUCUUAUAUCUAGAAAUAUAUAUUAUAUAUAUGUAUAUGUGUGUAUAUAUAUAUAUAUAUAGUAUAUAUGCAUAAAUAUGUAUAUUACUUAAACUAUUUUUGUAUCCGCUGUGUUUGUUAAGUUUCCACGUACCAAAAUAAUUUAACGCUACAAAAUACUAAGAAACACGGUAAUAUCAUUAUGCAUAAUUAACAGUAUACUAAUUUCAGAGAUUGUUCGCAAAUUUUUAUUAUGUUGAUGAGAAUUGUUGAGGAAAACAUAUGAAAUAUUGGUGGCAACUUUAUUAAGACCUCUUGUUGAAGCUACCGAGAUCCUUCUUAGCGCGAUAAUCAUUAUAAUUACAGUUUCUCCUAGUGUUAUGUCGACCGGACGUUAAAUAAAUUAUAUUAAAUACUCUUAGCCUCCGAGUGCGGCGAAGGAAUACGAUGUAUAAAGCUACUCGAAUGUUAAUAUUAAGUUAUCAUGGUCUUGGCACUUGUUACUAAAAGAGAGAGCCAUACUUCUUUCCCAGGAUUAUAUAUAGCAUUUUGAAAGAGAUACGAAUGCAGAAACUUUUUAGUAGAUGCAAUAAAAAAAUGAAUAAAGAGAUUUUUAUAAAUACA